GAGGAGGCUGCAUGGAGAAUAGGAGGGAGGGGUCACUUAUCAUAAAUAAAAAGGUCUCUCCUUUACCAGUGUAGAGUCUAGGAACAUUGGGAGAAGAGAACCUGUUACAUCAGAAAAAGCCCUAGAUAACAGAGAACAGCACUGAUCAUUAUAUUACGCUUGCUUGGAGCUUGGGGCCAGAUUCCAUACAGACAGAGAGUAAGGCAAGAGCAGAAAUCAAGAAACAGACGUAAAAAUGCGGACCCUCAUCAUUCUUGCACUCCUGGCUGUUCUCAUGAUGACAGCUUUCUGCUAUGAGUCUCACGAGAGCAUCGAAUCACAUGAAUUUACAAGUCCUUUCCUUAACAGAAGGUAUGCCAACAUCUUUAUGAGACCCCAGCCAGAGAACAGGAGAAACUAUUAUUGGCAGGAAAGGAUCCGAGAGCGCAGGAAGACUACCCAGGAACUCCAGCGGGAGGAAUGUGAAGAUUAUAAUCCAUGUGAACGUUAUGCUAUGCGCCACGGCUACGUUGCUGCCUACAAACGGUUCUUUGGGCAGAGGAGAGGAGAGUGAAAACAUUAUAUUCCCAGUGCCUGGAGCCUGGAUUUUGUAGUUACAAAGAGUGACACCUUUGAAAUGUAUUGUUGCUUCUUAACUGCAUAUUAUUCCACCUGUUGCUUCAUUCUUUUGUAGCCAGUGAUUUCUAGUAUGUUAACUAGCACAAUGCUGAUGUAAUGAUGGUUGGGCAGAGGUUUUCUUAUGAAAUAAACAUUAUGGUUUGUUCAUAA